AUUGGGGAGGUUUUUGAGGCACAGACAACAGUUCCUUUAGUCCACAGAUCCACACCAGACACAGCAACACAGUACAGUUCUCUGGAAGGCAAUAUGGAACAACAGGGGUAUUGUAAUCCACAGGGCAGGGAAGGGUUAAGUCCAGGCAGGUUCACGGAGAACAAGGGGUUAAGUCCAGGCAGGGGAUAGAUCCAGGCAGGUUCACGGGGACAGCAGAAGAUCCCUCCACAGUGCAGGGAUUCCAGGCAGCACAGACAGUCCA